AUGGUCGAGAAAGAGACGAUGAAAAGUGCUCCAGUGCAAAUCGGGCAGCAGCUGGACGGCUCGAGCGUUAGCGGGAGUCCUGAUGCAUCUAGCCAACGCGGAGGCGCCCGUAAUUCUACCGGCAAGCGUUUUGUGAGAAGGGCGCGCCGUUGGGCGCAGUUGCAGCAAAGACGGCAGUUCAACCGGGCCUUCAAUGAGAUGUAUCCGGACAACAACCAGCAGAACCAACAGCAACACUGGCGAUACCCAGAACCGCCGCCCUACGACUACGUCGAGAUGGCGUCGAUGGGAAGUGCCGUCUGGGUCGUCGACGAAGACCAGAACUGCUGCCUCAUGCCCAUCAAUCCAGCCGAACCCAUGGAAAAGGAGUCCUUGGGUCCCAGACGGUCGUACCCAUGUACGGUUCUACAUCCAAGACGUCAAGAGCCGCCGCCGCAGUUCUUCGACCAGCCCGUCUAUUCCUCACCUUCGCCCAAAGGCAAGAAACCUUCCAAGAGGAAUCGACAACGUCUGAAAACGGACAUGCCUGUCUACUGCACGCAGGCUCUGAAUGAGUACGGGCACCCGACCUUCAUUUCGGUCUACCAGACGCCGCCAGAGUUGACCGUCUAUCCGAUGAAGAACCAGCCGACGUCCUGGCCGUCUAUGUACUCGUUGCAGUCGUCGUUCGAGGAGAAGACGUCGGAUACUGACAAGAUGCUGUCGUUGAUCACCGCGGACAUGUCUGCUGCGAGUAUUUCGUCUUCAGCGGACUCUUCGCCGUCGUCUUCUGGACAGGAGAACGACGAGUUCUUCGUCUACCCACCGAAGAUGUUUGGACGGUCGCCAAGAAUCUCCAGGCCGAUCUACGUCCCCAAGGAGACUUUUGGUUAG